UAACUCCGAGUCUCCGACUCUGAAAAGUGGCAAUCUUUCAACUAAUGACUCUUCUCUGCUUUGUUUCCCGACAAAUGUUGAUUCUAUAAAGGCGGAUUUCCUUGUUAUCUUUCUUUCUUAAACGCCAACAAUUCGUUGGCCACGGCCCCUUGAUUAAGACCUCGAAGAUGAUGGAAGUCGACACUCACUCCCCAUCCCCAAGGAUGACACGUUCCUUCAACUAUUCACUGAAGAGGCCCCGCUCUCCUGGGUCUCCAAGCCAAGAACGCCAACCGAAACGUUCAUCACUUGCUUUACAGGAUACGUACCCGAGUCGACGAGCAUCCUCCAGCGUCUUUUCUGCCAACCAAAGCUCGAGUAAUCACCAUCAGCCAAGCCCAGAUGAUUGGGUGAGGCAAGCCAGCGACCUCUCUAUUGGACGCCCACUUAGUGUCGACCCUCUUCCUUCGCCAAGUGGCGAUGUACAGGAUGAGAGCAUGGCACUCGACCUAGAUGAACCUCCAAAGACGAACCCCACAGUGCAUGUGUUUUCGCUACCACGGCUACAACAGCCAUCCCGGGCACAUUCUCCAACUACUCAACUAAACGCAUCACAAGCGUAUAUUAAUUCUCAGCAUCCAUCUCAAAUCAUCGCAGGGCCAGCAGAUGGACGGCCAUUAACACCAAGCAUAACCAUGACGCACCAGCAGCCUCCUUCGAUAUAUACGCAGCCUUGUACAUCAUCAGACGGAUCAUCAAAUCAGCAGGAAUUACAGUCGGAACCGCCUCAAAACCACGACUUUUUACAGACUACAUCAUCUGGAAUGCCAAUCUCAUCGCCACCUUCGACCAGCCAAAUUCCAGGAACAAUUUCAUCUUCGGGGAGAAAGCAGCGUUUUACGAUGGGGCCACGUGCAGACUGCCUGAAAUGCAGAAUGGGCGUUAAGGGGCACUGGGUGCAUUUCGACUAGACAUUGGAGUAGUAACCUUGCUUAAUUUUAGAGGUAUUAUACUUUACAGAUGACACUAACUUGUGUGCAGUCUACACUACUAUUGUCUUGGUCCAGCUCAGUACUUAUGUACAGAAUCCCGGACGAGGGAGUUGCUCAGAAAUUGCAUGGACUGUUUUGAUUUGUUUA